UAAAGAAGUACCUUCGUGUCUUCCACCUUCCGAGAUAUUUUGCUGAUUCUGCUGGCCAGGUCUUCUUUCUCCAGUUUGCCGGAGCUAGCAAGCACCUCCGUCACGAACGAAGACAUGCUGAAAGACGUUUUGAUGUUUGAACACCGCUCUGACACAUCAGCAGCACUACCCGCGAACACGAGGCCACGCCUCCUUUUUCUUCUUCGUCGUUUUCUGUCUGCCUGACGUUUGUCAUCACUGCGCAUGCGCGGUCGGCGCUUGUUUUCACGGAAGCACCUGCUUUGUUGUUGUUUAUUUAAAAUAAAUGUUCGCUGUUGAAUAAAAACGAGGGUUUUUUUAGCAACAUGCUAAAACAGGCGUUGGUCGCGGUUUUAUCGGUGAUGUUAGCGGUGCUGCUCAUCCCUCGGGACUGGUCUGCACCUGCGCGGCUCCUCAGCAGGCAGGAGCUGUCCCUGUACGAUGGGGAGGGGGGCAGCAGGGGCCUGUACCUGGCCAUCCUGGGCCAGGUGUUUGAUGUGAGCAAGGGUCACCAACACUACGGUCCAGGCAGAGAUGCCUCACUGGCCUUCAUCACUGGACACUUCACACAGGACCUCACAGAUGAUGUCUCCAGCCUGUCCCCUCUCCAGGUGGUGGCGCUGUUUGACUGGCUGAGCUUCUAUCAGAGACACUACACACCUGUUGGGAUGUUAAUCGGUCGGUUCUAUCAUGAAACUGGACAGCCGACGGACACCUUGCUGAACGUGGAGAAGAUGCUAGCAGAAGGUCGGCACCUGAAGGCCCAGUCUGAUGCUGAGAGAGUACGAUUCCCACCCUGCAAUUCAGAGUGGACUGGCAGRGGCGGGAGGGUCUGGUGCUCCCCUAAGAGUGGAGGAGUAAUCAGAGAGUGGACAGGUGUGCCUCGGAGGCUCUUCUCUCCAGCUUCCAGUGUUCAGUGUGUUUGUGUUAAAGAUGCAGCAGAGCAGGACCCCAGCCUGCAGGAAUAUGACGGCUGUCCGGCUGACGCAGACUCCUGCGCUGUGGGAGAACACUAGUCUUUGGACCAGUUCAGGGGAAACACACCCUACAGCUCAGACAACCUGUUCAAGAAGACGAGUCACAACCAAGAAAUGUUUGUUUUUCCAUGAGCUUUAUGUAAAGUUGUCCUCCCUGCUUCUAAAAGAACACACCAGGAAGAGACCGACUAGAUAUCUGAGCAUACAGAUACAAUACAGUGUGCAUAAAAGAUYAAACAAUGUGCAUAAAAGAUUAACAGAGCCGAGAUUUAGGUUUGUCACAAYGACAAGCACAAACUGCAUUAAAGUACAAAACUGUUGUAGUGGUCAAAAAUAUCACACUUAUCUGUACAAUUUAACAAUACUUAAAGAAGCCCCGCCCCUCUGCUUCAGUCCACAUUCUCACCACUAACCAGAAAUGUCACGUGAUCGCCAUAAAGUGCACCUGUUCGGCUCAGGAAACGAGAAGUGUUAACAGGAGGGGUUCAUGAUCAGACCCAGCAAAGGUUCAGGGCAUGGAAUGUCAUUUAGUGAAACAUUUUAAGGACAUGGAUUAUGAUUGGUCAACAUAAAGGCUACAAGAUGCAUAGGCAGAAGAGGCAUUUCUGUAACGGACGACUGAAUUUGUUCGGUGGUUUUUCCUGAUCAAUGAGGCUCCAGGGUCACAUUUCAUUUCAUUUACAGAACUACACAGAAAGUUAUACCCAAAUAACCACUUUCUAAAUGUCUCCUAUUUCCCUUAAAUUAAUGUAAUCUUAGAAUUAUUAAACCAAGUCAAGCU